AUGUGGAUCGUCAACUGGUUCUACGACGUCUUGUCGUCUUUGGGUCUGCUUAACAAACACGCCAAGCUGCUCUUCCUGGGCCUCGACAAUGCCGGAAAGACCACGUUGCUACACAUGCUCAAGAACGACCGAGUUGCUAUCCUGCAGCCGACUCUCCACCCUACUUCUGAGGAGCUUGCCAUUGGCAAUGUUCGAUUCAACACUUUCGAUCUAGGCGGUCACCAGCAAGCCCGCCGUAUCUGGAGAGACUACUUCCCCGACGUCAACGGUGUCGUCUUCCUCGUCGACGCCAAGGACCACGAGCGAUUCCCCGAGGCCAAGGCCGAGCUCGACGCCCUCCUGUCCAUGGAGGAGCUCUCCAAGGUUCCCUUCGUCAUCCUGGGCAACAAGAUCGACCACCCCGACGCCGUGUCCGAGGACGAGCUGAGGCAUCAGCUGGGCCUGUACCAGACGACUGGAAAGGGCAGGGUGCAGCUCGAGGGCAUCCGACCCAUUGAGCUCUUCAUGUGCUCCGUGGUGAUGCGACAGGGCUACGGCGAUGGUAUCAGGUGGCUGUCCAAUUACGUUUAG